AGGAAGUGAUAAGUCCGCUGCAUUCCUGCAGUACCAGGCCAGCCGGCCAGCCGGCCGGCCGGCUGGUGAUACGUAUCGGUAACAUCAGUGAUCCGUGCCCGGCCCCUGCACCGCGGGUCAUGAGGUCGAAGUACAUCCUUUUUAUCUAGCUGCCAACAUAAGAGCUUGUCAAUUUAGGUAGUGUGAGCUGAUAUUAAGCAGAGAUUAGUGGUUCCCACAUUAAUACACCAUAUAAAUGUUGGGGGAAAAUGGCCGGUACCAAAGCCAGCGACUUUGAUUUCGAUGUUUGCAUGCCGACGUAUGACUAUGUUUUUCAACCUGAUGUGUUGCGAAACAAGGUUGCUUUCAUCACAGGUGGUGGAUCAGGGAUCUGUUUCACCAUUGCUGAAGUUUUCAUGAGGCACAAGUGCCAAACCGUCAUUGCAAGCAGGAAUCUUCAGCGGGUUCAAGUGGCUGCUAAAAAACUGGAAGAAGCUACUGGCGUGCAAUGUCUGGCACUGCAGCUCGAUGUCAGGAAGCCUCAAGAUGUGAUGCGAGGUGUAGACGCAGCACUGGACCACUUUGGACGGAUAGACAUUCUUGUCAAUGGUGCUGCCGGGAAUUUCCUCGUGCCUGCCAGCGGCCUGUCCUACAACGGCUUCAAGACAGUGAUGGAGAUUGACACCAUGGGAACGUACAACACCUCCAAGGCUGUCUACGAUAAGUACAUGAGUAAACAUGGCGGUGUUAUUAUAAACAUCAGCGCGACACUCGCCUACAGGGGUCAGCUCUUUCAGUUACAUGCAGCGGCUGCCAAGGCAGCUGUUGACUCCAUGACGAAGACACUAUGCAAUGAGUGGGGACCGCAGGGCAUCCGUGUGGUGGGCAUAGCUCCAGGACCUAUUGCUGAUACCGAGGGCAUGAGAAGGCUUGGAGGUGUCUCCCGUGGUAAGCAGGCAUUGGAGAAGCGGGCACAUGGCAUCCCACUUCAACGCUAUGGGACCAAGCGUGAAAUCGCCGACUGUGCCGUCUUUGUGGCCAGCCACGCCGCUAGCUACAUCUCGGGGCAUACCAUUGUUGUGGACGGGGGGAGUUGGAUGACGGGGGAUAAUAACAUGGAGGCCAUGAGGAGAAGGGUGCCUGAUGCAAAAUUGUAGAUUUCGGGUGGCGGUGCAAUGGGCAAGCAAGGGUUGGACCAGCUAGCACAGAACCUUCCCCUUCAGCGGGUGGGAACGAAACGCGACAUUGCCGAAUGUGCCGUCUUU